AAAAAUCUACAAAAGUCAAGUCUAACGGACCCCUCACUCCCUGCCCUUUUGCUCCUCUUCCUCAACACUUUCCCAGAAAAAAUCAGACAAUAUACUUUGAUUUCAUAUCAAUCCAACAAAACAAAACAAAGUAAGACUUCUUUUACCCAGUUCUGCUUCAUAAUUAUCAAAGCUGUUUCUCUUGUUUCCUUAAUUUCUGUCACUGUUUUUUUUUUUUUUACUUCAAAAACCAAAGCCCAAAACCAAAAAAAAAAAUGCCUCCACGGACACUGAAACGACCCACCACGGCCACAGCCACAGCCACCACCAAUAUUGUCAAGAAAGAACCUCUGCCGCCGCGGCGCAACGACCCGGCUUCACGGCAACCCUCUUCUCCUCCUCCUCCUACUCAAGAGGACAAGAGAUCAGAGAGAUUGGAGCUUGAAGAUAAUGAUCGGCGGUUUGAAGAAGACGAGAAUAGUGGUGGGCGGGAAGGGGUUGUGAGGAUGGAUGGUGGGGAUGAGCAAGAUGGGGUGGCGGGAAUUCGUGGAGAUUACAUGAUCGAAGAAGAGGUGGAGGAAGAAGAGGAGGUGGAGGAAGAGGUGUUUGAGGACGAUGUUGGAGACGUGGAAGAAGUGGACUAUGAGGAAGAGCACCAUGAUAUGGUUAACGAGAGGAGGAAGCGUAAGGAAUUUGAGGUGUUUGUGGGGGGAUUGGAUCGAGAUGCCACUGAGGAGGAUCUUAGAAAGGUUUUUAGUCAGGUUGGUGAGAUCACUGAAGUGAGACUUUUGAAGAACCCAGUAACUCAAAAGAACAAGGGCUUUGCUUUCUUGCGGUUUGCAACCAUUGAGCAGGCCAGACGAGCUAUCCAUGAACUUAAGCAUCCCGUGGUUAAUGGGAAGCAAUGUGGGGUGGCUCCAAGUCAAGAUAGUGACACUCUUUUUGUUGGUAACAUAUGCAAGACAUGGACAAGGGAUGUUUUGAAAGAACAGCUUGUACGAUAUGGAGUUGAUAAAUUUGAAGACUUGACACUAGUUGAGGACAUGAAAAAUGAGGGGUUGAAUCGGGGCUUUGCUUUUUUAGAUUUCCCAAGCAGGGCAGAUGCCUUGGAAGCUUGCAAGCGAUUGCAAAGGAGGGAUGUUGUGUUUGGUAUAGAUAGAACGGCAAGGGUUGCAUUUGCAGACACCUUCAUUGAACCUGAUGAUGCAAUUAUGUCUCAUGUAAAGACGGUAUUCUUGGAUGGUUUGCCUCCUGCUUGGGAUGAGGAUCGUGUCAAAAACAUUCUCAAAAAGUUUGGGAAGAUUGAAAAGGUGGAACUUGCUCGAAAUAUGCCAGCUGCUAAAAGGACUGAUUUUGGUUUUAUAACAUUCGAUUCACAUGAUGCUGCCGUGGCUUGUGUGGAUGGUGUUAAUAAUGCUGAGGUUGGUGAUGGAGAUAGGAAGAUAAAGAUUAGGGCAAGGUUGUCUAGGCCACGGCAGAGAGGUAAGUCUGCUAGACAGGCUCGGGGAGGUUAUGUCAUUGGACAUGGCAGUGAUCAUGGUAGCAGGGGUCCUUGGGGCUCUGGAAGCUCUCGCUUUGAUCCUCACAAGUCUAUAGAUCGUGUUGGGAGAAGCAUUCAAAGUCGUGGUGCAAUUGAUGGUGGUCUUAAUCGAGCAUAUGGUCCAAGGGACCGAAAUGUUGUAUCACAUGGAGUUGGGAGUGGACGGCGAUUUUCUUCACCAGAGAGAUCAUAUGGUAGAAGGUCCACUGUUCAAACUUAUGGAAAGACCAGCUCAAAAAGGGACUACAUUCAAGAAGAUGAACUAUUUUCUAGGGCAUCUGAUUUUGGUAAAGUUACUAUCGAUAGGCACUCUUAUAGAGAUGCAUACCCUUCACGUGGAUCUGGGUACUUGGGAGGUCCUUCAAGGAGUGGUUCUCGUGCUGUUGCUCGUAGGCCUGUCCCUUAUGAUGAUUAUGGCUAUGACAGAUACAUGGAACAACCCUCAAACUAUCAUGACAGUCGUAUCAGUGAUUACAGUUCUAUUCCCACCUCAAAGCGUCCCCAUUCUGCCAUUGAGGAAGAUCAUCCUCGUUAUGCUGAACCUUCAGCUAGGCAAUCACGAGCUCGUUUUGACUAUGGGGGAAGCAGUUUUGACUUGGCUUAUGGUGAUAAUUCUUAUGGAAGCAACUCUACAAGGCUGGGUCGUGGGUCUCGUCAUGGUUAUGAUGAAGGUGGUCGUAGAUCUGAAGGGCAUUCUCAUGGACCAUAUGAGACUAAACCAUCAACAAUGGCAUACAGAAGAGAUGAGAUUAGUAGGAGGGAUGCAGAAAGAGUCUAUUCCAGUUAUGAACGGGAUUAUAUAUCCAGAGAUUAUGUGUCUUCUCGAUCAGAUCUAGGUGAAGAUUCAUACCCAGCUGAUUACUCUACUCGUCGCAUGAAUGAUGACUACCCAAGUGGUAGGGGUUCAAGCUCAUAUUACUAAGGAUAUCGUCACUCUUCAAUCCUCAUGACUCUUUAUUCUGUGGAGAUCAAAGAUUAUGGGUAUGGUCAUUGGAACUAAAAAGGUUUAAAGAAACAGAAUCUAGAUAGAUGUGACAUAUGUGACAUACUCCAAUGUGAUGGUGAGUUGUGAAUGCCUGAGUGAUCAGAAGGUAAAAUUCCUCACCAUCAAAAGAGUUGUUACUUGUGUUAGAUUUUAUGUUCUUUCAGCAGUAUAUUACUGCCGAAUCUGAAGGGCUAAGAACCCUGGCAGUCAUCUGAGUAUGUGAUGCCGCAUAUGGUAAGAUGAUCAUAUAUAUAGACCAAGAACUGCUGCAAUCACCACUGAUUACAUUAGUACAAAAGAAUAAAGUGGCUGUUUACUCAGUUUCACCUUCAUGGUCUGAUCACUCUAUAUAAUUGUAUGAGAUUUAAUUAUUUAAAGGGGCUAUACACUGGUGACUGAGAUCAUGGGAAGAUUGAAUCUAUGAAAUUCAUAAUUUCCAGGGGCUUCUUGUGGAUGGCAAAUAGCUUAGUAGAUUGAUUUUUCAGAAAGAAUUAUAGUCUGUACUUUCAGGCAUUGCAUCCUUAAAUAGUUUUCAUGGUUAAUUUUCCAGAUGUUUAGCUGGGUC